AUGGAAAAGCCUGACAGUCUUGCACCUCGAGGGUGCGCCAGCUGUGGUGUGUCCACUGGAAUACACUUCUGCACCGGCUGCCGGGUCGUUCACUACUGCAGCAGGAAACAUCAAGAGGACCAUCGACCCGUCCACAAGACAGCCUGCAAUGCCAUCAAGAAGACCAGUCUGGCGCUCGAGAAAAAAGAGGACACACUCCGCUUUACGAUGCCGGACGUCUUCGACACCCAAGUCGGUCAUUUCUGGGGGAUCGUUGAGACGCGAGACUACAUGAUGGCCCGGUUCACCGCGGCCAAAACCCUCCUCCAGGUCAACAACCUCGAUGCUGUCCAGAAGGCGCUAGAUCACUUCAAGGAUAUGCUGCGUUUGUGUCGUUCCGACAAUCUUGGCAUGCGGGAUAUUGUUCCAUUCCUUCAGCUGCGGCUUGGCCAAGAGCAGGACUGCUAUGACUUUCUAAAGUCCUGGACCAUUGAUGGUCCCGACGGUCGCCGGCCAAACACCAAUAUUCGUGGCGCCGACGCCUUUGAGUCUGUGGAUAAUUUUGUUUCCACAGCUGAGACUGCUCAUCUUGUUGCUUUGACCCUUCUCAAGCUGCGCCUCUAUCUAGACCUUGACGGCUACGAGUGCGACGCGCGAAAUAUCCAUCUCAGCGUUCUUGGCAUGGGCCGCUCCCCAAGCCCUGAUGGAUUUGACCGUCCAGUCGGAAAGCUUGUCAAGACCAGGGUGAAAAAUAUGUCUAAUGAUAGGAUUCGCGCAACGGCCGCAGACCUCAAGGGUCAAUAUUUGAAGCUCUGCCAGGCUGUCCACAAUGCAAACCCCUACAUCUGGCCGGCUUUGAUCAACCAGGGCAAAGUUCCAACCCCGCCAGACGUUUACAGUCCCGGCUCACCUGAGGAGGCAGAUCUCGUAGUUUUCGCCAGCAAGCGUGCAUGGGACGAGUCUGAAGAUUCUAUCGUCAUGAUCGAUGCCGACACGGCCAAGUUCACCACCGUCUAUCGGGGCUCGGGCACGACGACAGGCGUGUCUGCACAGGACACAGGCCGCCGUGAUGUUCUCGUGCUUUGUGUCGAAAAUAAACCCAUGGUUGAGCAAUCUUACGCCUCUCUGAUCACCCGAAUUACCGCAAAAGCCUCUUCGGUCCAGAUGGCUGGCACGGUCGACGAGGCCUUCUCAAAGCUCAAUCAAAGCCCGCCCCCGUCUGUCAUCCUCGUCGCCGACGGGGCUAUAACGCGCCAGAGAAAGCUUUUUGAACGCGUCAUUGACCUUCUACGCGGAGGAGCUACGGUGGUGCUAGCCGGCAGCUUCAGUAGCUUCGUGAACAGCGGCGAGCUGGACCGGACGUUCGCUACCAUAGGUCUACCCUGGACGGGCGGGCCAUACACGCGAGAAAAUGUCAAGCUUCGGAGCAGUGCUGUGCCCGGUGAGAUUGUCGGACGGUUGCCUUCUGCUUACACCCAGAAGGCUCUAUUCUUGAGCAAGGUUGAGGAGGCAGAUAAGUGGUAUGGACGAGACGGGAAUCAUGCGGAGGCGGCGGUUGCGUUUGCAAGGGUCGGACAUGGCAAGCUGGGAUAUGUCGGGGAUGUGAACGGGGAGGAUGAAUCCGAUACUGUCAUCAUGGCAAUGUGUGGACUUUGA